AUGGGAAGAGGGAAGGUGCAACUGAAGCGAAUCGAGGAUAAGAUCAGGCGCCAAGUGACUUUCUCAAAGCGAAGGAGUGGGCUGAUGAAGAAGGCUCGCGAGCUCUCUGUGCUCUGCGGCGUCGAGGUUGGGCUCAUCAUCUUCUCCGCCAAAGGGAGGCUGUACGAGUUCUGUAGCGGCGAUAGUUUAGGGAAUGUUCUCGAGCGUUACCAAAUACAUACUGAGGAGGAAAUAGCUGUUCCCAAGAAUUCCAAGAAACAAAAUUUGGAAUUGACUGGUAAUGGCACAUGCGCUAAGAAAUCCCUGAAAAUGAUUCAAAGUGAACUAGAGGCACAGAACAUUGAAAAUCUGGAUGUGACAGAGCUCACUCAACUUGAGAAGCAACUGGAUGGAGCAUUAAGACAAGCAAGAUCAAGAAAGUCGCAUCUCAUGAUUGAAACCAUAUCAACUCUCAUUGAGAAGGGAAAGAAGCUGGGAGAAGAGAAGGAACUCAUGGAAAAGCAGAUUGCAGCACUGAUGGCUGAGCAGGCGAACCAGCAGGAAGAGGCAGCUAUUGCUGCUGCUAAUGACAAUGGUGAUGAAGAUGAGGAUAUGGAAGGAGAAGCAGAUGAGCAGAGCAGUCGUGGCAACAGCAAACAUCCAGUGCUUAAUUUGUUUUAG